CUGGGACAACAGGGAGCGAGUGCGAAGGGACGAGCAGGAGGCGGAGCGGCAGCAGCAAGAGGAGCAGCAGCAGCAGCGGGAUCGCGAUGCCGAGUCGCGGCUGGACAAGCUUCGCACCAGCGCGCGCACCGGCCGCACCCAACCCUCUGCCCCUGACGACGAGACAGCCGCAGCCGCCGCCUCCGCGCCCGUACCCGCGCCCGCCCCCGCGGCGCCGCUCACCACCCACGACCAGCUCCUGGAUCUCUUCGACGACGACAAGGGUGUGGCGCUGGUGCCCAGGACCAGGCACAAGGAACACAAGGAGAGGGAGCACAAGAGGGACAAGGAAUUGGAGAGGGAGCGGAGGCGAGAGAUCCGGCAGGCCAAGAAGAAGCAAGAGGAGCUUGGUGAGGCGGAGGAGAGGUACAGGCUGGGCGGCGCCCGCUCCACGGCGCAGCCUUGGUACAUGCAGUCGAGGCCGGAGGAACACGAUCACGCUGCUGCGACAGGUGGUGGUGGUGGUGGUGGUGCUGCUGCUGCUGCUGCUGCUGGUGACAAGAAGAGGAAGAAGAGCUUGGAGGAGCUGCGAGCUGAAAGGUUGCAGAGAGAGGAGAGGGAGCGAGCCAAGGCACGCAAGCUGCUGCCCUGCACCAGCAGCAGCAGCAGCAGCAGGAAGCACUACAACUCGAGCUUUGGGUUUGGCACGAGAUAAAGCUAGGUUUUGCUUGUUUUAGGGCUCUUGUUACAUCCGCAAUGGAAGAGAGCGUUGCUCCGCUAGUCACCCUUGACACCUCCAUGGGCUCUUUCACCCUGGAGCUCUACCACAAACACGCUCCCAAGACGUGUCGAAAUUUCAGCGAGCUGGCCAGGCAGGGAUACUACGACCAGGUCAAGUUCCACCGCGUCAUCAAGGAUUUCAUGAUCCAAGGAGGCGACCCCAGUGGCACCGGCAGAGGAGGAGAGUCAAUUUACGGCCGGCAGUUCGAGGACGAGCUAACCCGGGAGCUCAAGCACACUGGAGCGGGUGUUUUAUCCAUGGCCAACUCCGGCCCAAACACCAACGGGAGCCAGUUCUUCAUAACGCUCGCCCCCACGCCGUGGCUCGACGGCAAGCACACCAUAUUCGGGAGAGUAUGCAAAGGGAUGGAUGUUAUCAAGCGACUGGGAAACGUGCACACUGACAAGAGCGACAGGUUUGCCUUGAGCUUGUCAAGUCUUGCGUUUUCUCAUGCUCGUGCUUACAGGCCUGUUCACGACGUCAAGAUUCUCAAGGCCACCGUCGUGGACUGAAGUGCUCACUCAGAAUGCUGCCCAACCCGCGCCCUUGCUGCUGGUGCCGCCGCUGCUGCUCUUGUUGUUAUUGCUAGCCAAGGAAGGCAAUCCGGCCUGGAGCGCGAGCUCGUUUCCUUAGUUACCACCAGUUUAAAGUUUCAAGGCAAAGACACUUACUUGGA